AUGAUGAUAUGCGCGUUCGAACGAGCUCUCCCAUCCAUUCCAUCGCACAGUAUUUUAAUCGGCUCACGCGCCGCUCGCCGUCAUUUGCCCAACUUUCGAGGAGAAUCACGCGACGAAAUGAAUGCCGAUUGGGACAUUAUUUGCUCUUCACAAUUUCUACUGCAAUGGUUUACUUUAAACGAUACAAAGAUCGAAACUAUUGAUCUGAUCAUUCCAACAUCAGAUGGCGAUCCGUUAGACCUAUAUGUCUGCUGUAAACUGACGGGUGAGGUCAAAUAUGAUUUUGCCACUCCACGAUCAUCAACAUCAUACACAGCAUAUCUAUUGCACAAUUUGGACUCAUGGAUUCAUCGAUCAUUUUGGCGAGAUCAAGAGUCCAGCCGUCCGAAAAAUGCAUCCCCCAAACUUCUGCUAAUAUUGAAAAAGUAUAUGCUUUAUUACUCACAUCAAUGGGUAAAAACAGCAAAAGACUAUCGGCAAUUGCUCAGAAUCACCGACCCUCUUACCGAUGAAGACAAGGUGCUAUGUGACUUCUUUAUUCGCAAUAACGAGAAAUUACAUGGUCAACGUCCUUCUGAUACGGAUAAAUUUACUAUCACCCCAUAUGAUGGGCAAACAGGUAUAACUAUCAACCGAGAAAAGUUUUUCCAAGAUGAAGAAGCCGAACGACUAUCCUGCCUGUACCAAGCAGCGGUGACAGUAUCCAUUGGCAAUGAUAUUCUCGUCGGUUUGGAGCAUAUUUGUACUCGAGGUCCACCUUGGUUGGCUGACUACGCCAUCGAUCAUCUGGUCGAUAUUCAGAACGAAAAAUUCAAACACAAAUCUCAUGCACUACUGCCAUGCAUCGAGUUCACAGUUGAUAAUCAUCGUUUAUUCGAGCAAAUACCCGAGCUUGCCAUGCAAACGAUUCUUGUCAAUAUCGCCGAUACGCUCGAUUUUUAUUCGAUGCAACUUGUAGAUACUGCUGCCACCCGUUUUUAUUAUAAUCGUCUACCAGAAUUAGUCCAAGAAAAACUGCGUGGUAUAAAUGAAAUUAUACUUCAAUGGAUUAAUGAUCCAUCUGACAAUAAUUUACCAGUAAUUGCCAGUUAUGAACCAAAAAAAUUAACAAAUGCAAGAUCAAUCGGCGUGCAACGUCGACCAUCCACGCCUGUCACUUUAGGUUUGAUUGAUUCUCAACGAGAUCUGUCGCCUGACAUGACAGAUACGCAUUGGUCUUCUGGUAAUUUAUCCGAGAAAAGUUUAUUAGCUGAAAAACAAAGGGUGGAGCCAGGAUUUCGGCCUAGAGGGAGCUCAGCUCCACAUCCAUUGUCCAAAGUAUCCAUUGUUGUUCUGUGA